AUUUAUCUUUUACGGUUGUACGAGAUAUUUCUCGUCUUUACACUGAUGCCGAUGAUUUUAAUCUACACAUUACAGUAGGAGAAGAACCAAAUGUUGAAAUAUUUAAAGCUCAUUCCGUUAUUUUGCGUGCUAGGUCUUCAUACUUUAGAGCUGCUUUAUCAUCAAAUUGGGCCAAGAAAGAAGAAAAUAUCAUCACUUUCCGAAAGUCAAAUAUUUAUAUUGAUUUAAACACCUGCGUCAUAGAAAAUUAUCUUUUAGAUCUGCUCGUUGCUUCAGAUGAAUUAAACCUUACUGAAUUAGUUGACCAUAUUCAAGACUAUAUCACAUCUAGUUUAUUAAUUUCUAAUCCUAAAUCUAUGGAAUCUAUGGAUAAUGAUAAAGAGAAUCAUUGGGACUCCAUGGAUUGUAUUCAACAUAUUAGAUUUUAUCAAUUAACAUGUAAAGAAUAUUAUUAUCAAAUUCGACCUUAUAAAAAACUUUUACCGAAAGAACUUCGAGAAAAUCUUAAAUUAUAUUAUAUUAUUCCAAAAAGUAUUCCUAAAUCAACAAUUUUACCACCAAGAAUUCCUAAACAUGAAUUAAAUUCUACAAUAAUUGAUUCAAAACGAGCAGCAUUAAUAGCAAGUUGGAUAGAUCAUAAAGAAGAAGCAACAUCAUACAUUUCAAAAGAAAAUCCUUAUAAUUUUAAAUUAUUAUUAAGGGGAAGUCGGGAUGGAUUUUUUGUAGAAGAUUUUCGUAAAAGAUGUUUUAAUCAAGGACCAACAGUUAUAAUAAUUCAAACAGAAAUUCAAUCAUCAGCUACAGCAACAGCACCAUCAUCAGUAUUUCAUGGACAAACAAGAACAGGACAAAUAAUUAUGGGAGGAUAUAAUCCAAAAAGUUGGUCAGGAACGAAUAAAUUUAGUUCAUCAACAGAAAGUUUUAUAUUUUCAUUAUGUAGUGAUACACAAUCACAUAUUAUAACAUUAAGUAGAGUAGUAGCACAACAUUCAGCUUUUGCAAUCUCAGAUGAUGAUAGUCAAUUUAUUGGAUUUGGGAAUGGAGAUUUAUAUAUUUUUAAAAAUAGUUGUCAAAAGAGAGACUAUAUGUAUGCAAUUUUAGAUAGACCUAAAUUUUCAAUGGAUGAGAUUGAAGUUUUUCAAGUUAUAAAAAAGGAAGAAGUUUAA